GGCAGUAUCGCUUGCCUUCUACGGCCCUCACCUCGAGACACCGUUCUUGUUCUAUUGUUUUUCACUCCAUUGUUUUCAGAUGAAGCUGUAACGCAUUACCUUCACCCAGCAGAGACAAGAACUCUUUCUGUCGUUCAGGCUUGGAAGGUAGAAUGUACACCACUUGUCGAUUCAAUAUGUCAAUUCACACGUGGCCGAUUUGCAGUUGACAUUUACGAAUUACUGUCACUUCGAUUUCUGCAGAUUUCGCUUCCUCGGGUAUCCCAGUUUGCUGCAGAAGCCGUAUCUCAUCAUUUUCCAAGGCAAUUCUUGACUUGA